UCCUCUCAAAUCUUACCCAAUUGACCGCGUCUCGGCCAAAUUUGCAAUUAUUUAGAUUUACACGAUUUGGCAAUUUAGUCCUUCUGGUUAGCCCCCGCAGUUGGCUCUUUUAAUUGUUAUCUGGAGACCGGAUGUGAUGAUCAGCUGCCCCGUGCGCCCGGCGUCUUCGGCGCCUCAAUCUGCUAUAAUGCUAGUGAUUCAGGCUUGCUCAUAACCACUCCACGCCAAGAGGGGGCGACUCUUCCCCUUCAAGCCAUCCCCCAGCUCAAACCCAGAGAUAUGGUAGAAUCUGGCUGGACCGACCGGAUCCUGAUAACUAAUCAUCAAUGAAAGCCGCCCCAGUACUGACAGUACUGACGAGGUCAAUCUCCCGGAUGGGUAAUUUUCCCCGCGGCCUUUGCAGUGGAGGCUUCUUGCCGAGUCUCAGGAUCUCAGACUCUCUCAGCGACACAGGCCUGAUCGGGCAUUCUUUCCCAGCCAUGGAAAAGACUUCAUAGGGGAAUGAGGAUGUAUUUUAAAUCUGCGGGGUCCCCGGCCUGUGUGACUGUAUACAAAGCUGUGUUAUAAAGGCCAAACCGCUCUCAAACGCCCUACCCUCUUAUACUACUCACACUACUUCACAUUCAUCACACCCGAGACCAUUUAUGGACCGAUAUAAUCACCUCUAGAGAACUGGACGCUCUCUAUCCAUUACUUCUCACACAAUGGCCCUCUCUCAACUAUCCCAGUGGAACAUCCCAUCCGAGCUCCUUCAGGAGGUAUCCAAAUACGCCACCCCGACUGGCAUCGCCGAUUAUACAGCCCUCGCCAUCCUCGCCGGUACAGGAGCAACCUUCCUCUCGCGAGGGAUCCUGUGGGAUAAGCCCGAUCCGUACCAUCACCUUGCGUUCGAAAGACCUCAGUUGAAAAAUGAUGGCCAACUGGGAGCGAAUGCUAAGAGAGAAACGAGGAAUAUUGCACAGAAACUGAAGGAGACCGGGAAGAACGUUGUCAUCUUCUGGGGGUCACAGUCUGGUACGGCCGAAGGCUUUGCCCACCGGCUAGCCAGGGAGAUUUCCGUGCGGUGGGGCCAGGAGACCAUGACGGCGGAUCUUUCAGACUAUGAACCUGCUACUAUUGCGGAAAUCCCCGAGUCAAAAUUGGCCAUCUUCAUAGUGUCUACCUAUGGUGAAGGUGACCCGAGUGAUAACACUGCCGAUUUCUGGAGUUGGAUCAACAAGGCCGAUGCUGUCUCACUCGUCAACCUGCGAUAUGCAGCCUUUGGUUUGGGAAACUCCAACUACAAGUUCUACAAUCGCGUUAUCGACGUCAUCGUGGAAGGCCUGGAGAAGUUUGGAGCAAAGGCUUUCAUGCCCAUUGGCAGAGCUAACGAUGCCGAGGGCGCUACCGAGGAAGACUUCAUGGCCUGGAAAGAUCAAUUGUUCACUUGCUUCCGCAAGCAAUUUGGUUUCCAGGAAGUCGAAGCUAAAUACAUUCCAACCCUGACGGUUGACGAAGAUGAGUCCUUGGAGCCCAUCGACAUCCACAAUGGAGAGCCCAACAACCAACUCGAUGGACAUAAGUCAGCCACUCAAUCUUCGCCGGUUCGUACAUUGAGCAUCACCAACUCCAGGGAACUCUUCACUGCAUCGGACCGAAACUGUCUGCAUAUGGAGUUGGACUUGAGCAGCCAUCCCGAGUUAACCUACAAGACUGGCGAUCACGUUGCCAUCUGGCCUGGAAACCCCGACACUGAAGUUGAGCGCCUGCUACAAGUACUGGGUAUCUCAUCUCGUCGCGAUAUUCCACUUGUUAUCAAGGCCGUUGACUCGGCCACCAAAAUCACGAUCCCGACCCCGACCAGUGCGAUUGCUCUCUUCCGCCACUACCUCGAAAUCUGUGCUCCGGUCAACCGUGACAACAUCCGCGAUCUCGCACAGUUUGCCCCAACCCCAGAGGCGAAGGCCUACUUGACCAAGCUCGGUCAGGAUAAGGAGUAUUACGCCGAUAUCCUCAACCGCACACAUAUCAAUCUCGGCCGCCUUUUGCAGCUCGCAUGCCCCGACCAGGCUUGGUCUAGGCUCCCCCUCGCAUACCUCAUCGAGACGAUGCCUCACAUUCGUCCUCGAUAUUAUUCCAUCUCUUCGAGCAGUGUCGUUUCUCCUCGCAAACCAUCUAUCACCGUCAUCGCCUCUACCACCCCUCUUCCAGAAAACGCCAACCAACUUGUGCACGGUGUCACAUCCAACUACCUUCUCGCCAUCUCUCAACACCUCCACUCUCAGCCUCACCCACACGGACUGACCUACCAUCUCAAUGGCCCCAGCAAUGCCCUAGAGGGCGGUAAAGUCUUUGCUCACAUCCGUCGUAGCAAGUUCAAGCUGCCCAUCACCAGCAAAACACCCCUUAUCAUGGUUGGCGCCGGCACAGGCCUAGCCCCCUUCCGCGCAUUCCUAUCUGAGCGAUGUCAAGUCCAAAAGAUUGGCAAGGAGAUUGGACAAAUGAUUCUUUUCUUUGGAUGCCGAAUCCCCAAGGAGGACUUCAUUUACCGAGAAGAGCUGGAGGAGAUGCAGAGGGUUCUUGGCGAUAAGCUGCGCCUGGUGACUGCAUUCUCCAGAGAGGAGGGCUCGCAGCGCAAAUAUGUGCAAGAUCGGGUCUCAGAGCUUGGUGACGAAGUUGUGAAGCUCAUCGAUGAGGGUGGUAGCUUCUAUGUCUGUGGAAGGGCUGGAAUGGCACGUGAGGUAGAGAAGGCGGUUGGUGGUGCCAUGAAGAUUGCCAAGGGCUGGUCAGAUGAGGAGACAAAUGACUGGAGUAAGGCUGUGAAGAAGAAGAACAAGUGGCAGGAAGAUGUUUGGGGAUGAAGGAUGUUAAUUUUUUUUUGAUUAUGUGGAUUUAGCUUUGUUAGAUGCCGUCUGGUUAAAUUAGAUAGAGGCUGGGGUCAAUUCGUGGUCAAUCGACAAGACUUGGUCUUGCGAGUUAAGAGAAC